AUGAGUUCCAGCAAGGAUCCACAAUCUCAAAUCCCCGCCAACAGCAAAGGCUCUUGGUCGAGUUUCCUCAAGUCUAUUGCCUCUUUCAACGGCGACCUGUCCUCCUUGACCGCUCCACCCUUCAUCCUCUCCUCUACCUCCCUGGUCGAAUAUUCCGCCUACUGGGCCGAACAUCCGAGUCUGUUCGUGGCCCCGGCCCAGGAGCCGGACCCGGAAAAGCGAGCUCUGGCUGUUUUGAAAUGGUUCCUUAGCACCCUGCACCAACAGUACUGCAGCCGCAGUGAGAAGCUGGGCAGCGAGAAGAAGCCCCUGAACCCUUUCCUGGGUGAGCUCUUCAUUGGAAAGUGGAAUGGCGACGACAACGUCGGGGAUACCUCGUUGAUCAGUGAGCAAGUCAGGUGGGUUGUUGAUUAA